GUAAACUGUCCGAGCACUACGAUUGAACGAAAACAUCAUAUUGCUUCGCUGUUUUUGAACAGGAAAUCAACUACGCAUAUUCCUCGUACUGUUAUCACCAUCUAUCUAGGUUUUUGUUUGUCACAACUCCAACAAGAAAAACGAAAAACACACGACAACCCAAUGUCCACCGCCCCUCUCAACCCCUACUCGGGGUCCCUACCGGGCGACCGGUAUUUUGGCGUCGGCUCCAGUUUUCCCAAACCCUCCAGAAAGCACUGGAACCACAACACCCCCUCUCUCACCCGAACCGCGUCUGUUCCGGUGUUGGUUAACUCCACCAACGGCGACCUAUGCAGUGCAAACGUAUCGUACUAGUAUAAAUAGCGUUACAAAUUUCCUCAGCAUUACAAAUGGAAUUUGAAUUUGUAAUGCGGACUUGCCUUAACAAAAAGAUUUGUAAUGCAUAACUGCAAUUAGUAGUAGCGAUACUUUUGCACAGGAUACGACCACGUGAGCAACGAGUUGCAUCCCCCGUUUUCCCGGGUGCAUUACGACUUGCGGACGAAGUAUCCAACGAAAAAAGUGUUUCACUGUAAGUAGGAGUUUGCAAGUUUAGCAUCACAAGUUUGUUUUGCAUGAGAGCGAAAAUUUGCCAUGCGAUAUUUCCAAAGGAAAACACCACUAAAUAAAAUCCAUUGUCUUGCAUGCGUAGCAAGACAAACACUUCUAAGAUGCAUUUCCUGCAUUACAAGUUUACAGUGAAGCAGUUUUUUCUUUGCAUACGAAGGCUUUGGAGGACUCGGGGUACCAAGGAAGAUGGAAUUUGCUCCGGUACUCCUCAGUCACGCAAAAUUCCUUCGACCGAAGUGUUCGCCCGGAAAUUAUGAGAGUGCAUUUCUUCUCCUCCUCGUCCCUCUCAUUUCUUUGUAUUGCAUGAAAAGCAAUACAAACGCCCCAGCUGUGGAACCUGUGCAUGACAAGUUCAUGCGCCUAUACAGUGUUGUUCUGUUUUGGCCGCUCCUUCCCGAAUCUGUCAUGCAAACAGUACCUCCACAGACGCAGAGCGCCAGGUAUUUUGCAUGACAAAUCAGGGGGAGGGGGAGUUGUGCACACCCAUAGACAUCGACGCAACAACAGUCGCGAACUGCGGGAAAGUGAAAAUGCCGCUGGGCCAAUACGUGACGGAUGUGAAGAAGACGAACAACCUAUGAAAUGCAAAAGCAUCGCACUCGUACUAAUUGCAGUUAUGCAUUACAAAUCCAGAUGCGAAGGUAAAUCCACAUUUACAAACUCCAUUUAUAAUGCUGAGGAAAUUUGUAUUGCAAUCGCUACUAGUGCGAUGCAGACGCUUUUGCAGUUCAUACCACCCGGCUUUUAACAACCAGGUGCACGAGUCGUCGUUUGAUAGAGUGAUCUUCCACUCCUCCUGCAUGCCUGACGCCUGGCGGUACCGCUAUUCAGGAAAAAACACCCAUCCCCAUACAAUUAUUUGUCAUGCAAAACAUGCACCAAAAGCAGUAUUUGUCAUGCAAAAAAUGGAUGGGGAUGACGAUGAGUCUUUUUUCCUGGAUAACCGCACGGAGUACCCUCGUACCUUCGCGAAGCAGAUGCCGACAAGGGUGUUGGAGAACCCGUUGGUGAAAACGGAAGCCGGGAUCGUCGGGCCGGAGCGGCCGGACCAUGCGAACACGGACGGGAGCUUCCCGAAGAUGUAUCAUCCGUAGAUGAUGUUGUGGUGGUAUGAUGGUGUUGGUGUAUACAAAAACAGGAGGGGUGCUGGGUCAUUCCGUGUGAGUCUGUCUCGGGAUGAGCUCCUCUAUCAAUGAUCUUUUUCGGGCUUGUUGGAAACGUUUUAUUGCUCUACAGAGAAUUUGAUUUGACUUUCAGCCUCAAUGCAAACAACUAUGACUAAAAAAAGACCAAUAACUGCAAUCUAUCAAUGAGUACGACUUGUUUCAAUGACACAACAAAGCAACGCUUUUCGUCUUCUGUAAGUUUUGACAGCAACAGCAGCAGCUGAAUUUUCAAGUAUCACGCUAAUGCACCCAGGAAAUGCAUCAAAUGAGUUGUAGAAUCUACCUGUAUAUAAAACCACAUCGCGAUGAACGAGCUGUACACCUCUGGCGCGAAAAAAAUCAAAAAAAAUAUGACGACAAGAAUUGUAGGCUCCUUUUGCCCUUGAGCAUGAGCUACCGACAUGAUUGUUCGUAAUUUUCCGUGACUCCUAGGCGUCGAGAACAAGAUACUUGAGCGAAGCACGAGUACGCGCUGAAGAAUGAUGAAAACUACAAUGCAAAC